GUUUUUCCUAUACUAUACUAUUAGUCGUGCAAGAACCUCCUGAAGUCGUUGAAUUAUAUACUGCAUUAUUUACUUUAUGAAAUUUCAUAACCUUAUAAAAUAAGUAAUAUUUGACUGAAUAAGCUCCAUAUGUUUGUCACAAUCGAUGCGAAAUCAUGUCGAAAGAUAUUUUCUAUCUAUUUACUAUUGAAAGAAAUUAUAAAAAGAAUUCAAUAAUUUGACCAAAAAAAUAUCUUUUUGGAGUAAAAAAUCCUUGAAUUGACUACGGAAACAGCUCAAAUUUUAAGUAAAUGUUCAUGAUUUUUUAUAUAAAGAUAGAGAAUUAGCAAUAAUGACAGAUAAAGUAAAUAAUGAUGAUCAUGACGAGUACAUUCAAACAUGCAGUAAUUGUAAAAAUCGUUUCGAAUCAUGGUACUUUUGUACUAGCUGCAAUGAUUAUCGACUUUGUUUACGUUGUAAAGAAAAAAUAAACCAUCCUCAUCCUAUGCGAUAUACAUGGCCAAUUAUUCAUUUAGAUUCAGAAUCACCAAUUAUAAUGAAAUUUCCUGAUGAUAUAAGAGCACUCCUUUUUAAGAGAUGUUUGUUAAUUCUUAUACAUGCAUUUUAUUGUCAAGAUUAUGACGAUUGUGUGAUAAUUAAUCAAUGCCAUAAUAUGAAACGACUAUGGAAACAUACUGUGUAUUGUCAGUUGCCAGGAAAACGAUGCUCGAUACGACAACAUGUGAAAUCGAUAUUAUACUGUCAUAUUAGAUUAUGCAAACAAAUGAUUGGUAAAUGUGUCGUACCAUUUUGCACUACAAUCAAGCAGAAACAUAAAAUGAUUCAUGGUCUUUGACGAUAAAAUUAGAAAAAAUUUAUAUUUGAAAAUUUGACAAGGCUCAACUCAAAAUUUAUUCUGCAAGACGGUAAGGAAUUUAUCAAACCUUACUGUUAUCAAAGAUGUUUAUAAAAUGUUGAAGACAAUAUUUCGAAGAGUAUUUUAUUUAUUCAACUCUCAGGGAAUACUCAAGUUCGUAUGACUGUUAUUAGAUUUAUUCAAUUAAGUAAAAUUUAUUUUUAUGAAUAAAGAUAAUUCAAACACGAGAGAUUAAAUUUAAAAAGUGCUUUAAUUUAAGAAAAAAUCAAAAACAUCAUCAAAUAAUAUCUUACAGCAUUUUUUAUAACUUUAUUCUAAUUUUCUAACAAAC